UCCUAGCCGUUAAAUCCAGAUUCAGAAGGAAGAUGAGAAAAAGGGCAAAAAUGCGGUGAUCCUGAUGUACGGACGUGAAGCCGGGGGAAAAUGAAUCCAUGAUUCCUAUGAUCAUGAUAAAGGCAACCUUAAAAAGAGGGCAAAUGAAGAGAACAAUCUAACAAAAGUAUCUAACUCUUCCUCUUUAUGUUUCUUUAUAACUUGUUCGUCACGCCCAUGUUCCUUUUCCCAGCUGAAGCUAGCUCUUCCUCUCUCUCUGUCCUUUGACUUUCUUUCCUCUCAGUAAUCCAUGGCGGUUUCUCUCAAUUUCCUUUUCCUUUAGUUCCACAACUCAAAGCCCCCUUUUCCAUCGCAGAAUCCUCCGUCUCUCUGAACCGUUUCUUCUUCAGCUACCAACAGAAAUGCCUUUGAGUCUCAAAUAGUUUUCCUUUUUUUUUUCCUUAUGGAUAACAGAAAUGGCUUUUCGGAUUCAAACGAAAUCAGCAACAACAGCAGCACGUGCUGCAUCGCGGCAGCAACCAACAGCGAAACGCUCGCUUCAUCAGAACCGUUGAACACUCCCGCCAUAGCAGCUCUUCAAAUUCUUUCCAGAAACCUCGAGUCCGUUUUCGAAUCAACGGACUCCGAUUCCUUAUACUCCGAUGCCAAAAUUGGGCUUUCCUCGGGCCGUGAAGUCCCCGUCCACCGCUGCAUUUUAUCGGCGAGGAGUUCCGUUUUCAAGACCGUGUUUUCGGGGCUAAAAGAUAGAGGAGCUAAGUUCGAGCUGAAAGAGUUGGCUAGGGACUAUGAGAUUGGCUAUGAUUCUCUUGUUGCGGUUCUGGCUUACUUGUAUAGUGGAAGAGUGAGAUCGUUGCCGAGAGGCGUUUGCGUUUGCGUUGACGAUGAUUGCUCCCACUUGGCUUGCAGGCCGGCUGUUGAUUUUGUGGCUGAAGUUUUAUACGCAGCUUUUACUUUUCAGGUCUCUGAAUUGAUUUCCCUUUAUCAGAGGCAUCUUUUAGACAUUAUCGACAAGGUUGAAAUGGAUGAUAUAUUGGUGGUUCUUUAUGUUGCAAAUAUGUGCGGUAAUACUUGUGAAAGAUUGCUGGCAAAGUGUAUAGAGACUCUUGUAAAAUCUGAUGUUGAUAUUGUAACACUUGACAAGGCCUUGCCUUAUCACAUUGUGAAACAAAUCAUGGAUUCCCGUCUGGAACUUGGUUUGGACAAGCCUGAGAACACAGGUUUUCCUGAUAAACAUGUGAAGAGGAUACAUCGUGCUUUGGAUUCGGAUGACGUUGAAUUAGUGAGAAUGCUACUGAAAGAGGGUCAUACUAAUUUAGAUGAGGCAAGUGCACUUCACUAUGCCGUGGCAUACUGUGAUGCGAAGACCACAACUGAAUUACUUGACCUUGGACUUGCUGAUGUUAACCGUAGAAACUCAAGGGGAUACACUGUGUUGCAUGUUGCGGCAAUGAGGAAAGAGCCUAAGAUUAUAGUAUCUCUUUUAACCAAAGGUGCCCGGCCAUCUGAUCUCACCCUAGAUGGUAGGAAAGCUUUUCAGAUCUCAAAGCGACUCACCAGGGCUGCAGAUUACUAUAUGUCUACUGAGGAAGGAAAGGCUUCUCCAAAGGACCGUUUGUGCGUUGAGAUACUGGAGCAGGCAGAAAGAAGAGAUCCAUUGCUUGGAGAAGCUUCUCUUUCUCUUGCCAUGGCUGGUGAUGAUCUACGGAUGAAAUUAUUGUAUCUUGAAAAUAGAGUUGGAUUGGCAAAACUUCUUUUCCCCAUGGAAGCAAAAGUUGCGAUGGACAUUGCUAAAGUGGAUGGAACAUCUGAGUUCACAUUAGCCAGCAUCAAUUCCAACAAAUUAAAUGAUGCCCAAAGAACAACUGUGGACUUGAAUGAGGCACCUUUUAGAAUUCAGGAGGAGCAUCUAAAUAGGCUGAAAGCACUUUCUAGAACAGUGGAGCUCGGCAAACGCUUUUUCCCUCGUUGCUCAGAAGUGCUGAACAAGAUCAUGGACGCUGACGACUUAUCUCAGCUAGCAUGCGGAGGAAAUGACACUCCAGAGGAGCGACUUGUUAAAAAGCAAAGGUACGUGGAACUCCAAGAUGUACUGAGCAAGGCAUUCAAUGAGGAUAAAGUAGAGUUUGACAGAUCAACUAUCUCAUCUUCUUCUUCAUCAAAGUCAAUAGGGGUGAGCAGACCUAAUGGUAAGCUAACUGGUAGUGGUAGGGGCGGUUAGACCAUAGGCCUAAUGCAAUCUUUUGUAGUUGUAUCAUAAUAAUUCCGUUUCUUUUUGACCUUUGGUUAUUUUUUGGGUUUUUGCUUUGUAUACUAUAAAUUAGAACAUCAUUGAUCACAGGAAGAUGUGGACAAAAGAUACCGUUAAUUUGCUUUUCUUUUCUUUCU